UCUAUCUAUCUAAUCACGUGACGUCAUCGCGCAACGUAUGACGUGACCCGGCGUCUGCGCCGCCGGAGCUCGGAGCGUGAUGGCGGCGUCUCAGCCAAGGCUAGAGAAAGAGGGCGACGACUGCUCUUUGCUGCCUUUAGUUCAUGACAUUAUCAAAUGCAUGGACAAGGACAGCCAGGAUGUCCACCAAGAGCUGACCAAGUUGAAGGCGAAGAUCCAGGAAGCUCGGGAGCAGAUAUCCAACAUGCCCGGGAUAGACAGCAGCCCGUCGGAGCAGCAGCAGCAGCUGGCCACGCUGCGGGAGCAGGUCCGCACCAAGAACCAGCUGCUGCAGAAAUACAAAAGCAUGUGCAUGUUUGACGUGCCCAAAGCAUCGUGAAAGCGAGGACUGGAUCACAGCACUGACUGGAGGAAGCUCACGGAGAGAGUCGAGGUACAGGAAGGACUUUUUGUUUUUGUUUACAUCCUCGCCUUUGGAGCAGAUAACUGCGGAUCGAGAAGACGUGAUGGACUUUAAAUGGACAAAGACUUGUUUCUCCUCAGUUGAAGUUUGCUGCAGUGUUUUUUGAAAGUCAGGCAACAUCCUCUUCAUGUCCUUUUUGCAGUGUGAGAAUGAAAGCUUGUCUGUUUGUAUUAAACGUAGCUUUUCUUUGUCUUAUCUUGUGAUAUCCUUAUUUUGUAAUAAAAAGUAAUUGAUCAAAUAC